UUUUUUUAAAGAGAAGAUGUAUCCAUAUAUUCCAAAUGAGGAUCCUUCUUUUUCACAAACACCUUUAACUAUUGAAAUGUUACUUGCUGAACCUCCAACAUAUUUAACAGAUGUAGAAGAAAUGUUGAUAGAGCAAAGGGGAAUGAGAGAGCUUCCAUUUCCUGGAAUGGACAAAAGCGGAAGAGGUGUUUGUCUCAAAAAUGAAGUAAAAGCUUGUACAAUGGGAGCACUCUGUCCUCUUAGGCAUAUAAUUAAAGAUAAACAAGUUGUUUGUAAACACUGGCUUAGAGGAUUAUGCAAAAAAGGAGAUCAAUGUGAAUUUCUUCAUGAAUAUGAUUUGAGUAGAAUGCCUGAAUGUUUUUUCUUUUCAAAAUAUCUUGCUUGUAGUAAUCGUGAAUGUCCUUUUCGACAUAUUGACCCUGAAAGUAAAAUAAAAGAUUGCCCUUGGUAUGAUAGAGGAUUUUGUAGACAUGGCCCUUAUUGCAAAAACCGUCAUCGUCGUCGUGUCAUUUGCCCUUUCUAUUUACUUGGAUUUUGUCUAGAUGGCCCUCUAUGCAAAUUUUCUCAUGCUUCAUUUGAUUUGCCUUUGGUUGAAGCUCAACCAAAACUUAAUUUUAGACCAAAUUAUGGAGUUACUUGCCAUAAUUGUCAUGAAAGAGGUCAUAAAGCUACUCAUUGUCCCCAUUUACCUGCACAAACACAACUUUCACAAAUUGAUGCAACCAAAUUAAAACAAUAUGCUUCUCAAGCACAGGAGCAACAAAGAAGAAAUAUUGCUGAUAUAACAUGUUAUAAAUGUGGAGAAAAGGGACAUUAUGCAAAUAGAUGCACUAAAGGAAUUUUGGCAUUUUUAUCAAAUACGGGUGAACAACAACAGCAGCAACAACAAGGAAUUGAAAAUGAAGAAGGAAAAUUGAAAAAUAAAGGAGAAAUGAAUAAUGUUGGAGAGGAUCAGGAAAAUUGA